AUGAGACUGACAAAUAUGAACAAAUGCUUAAAUAUCGCUAAAACUUGGGAAUAUUUCUUCGUCUGUUCGUUGGUAGCAAUCUAUUUAUCUAAAUAUUAUCUAUCUAUCUAUUUCAUUUUGUUCAUUAUCUAUCUAUCUGACAGAAUUAACGUCUUUUAUUUUAAAUAUGAAUCUAUCUAUCUAUAUAUCUAUCUAACUAUCUAUCUAUCUAUCUUAUCUUAUUUUCUAAAUCUAUCUGAAAUCUAUCUAAUCUAUCUAUCUAUCUAUCUAUCUAUCUAUCUUUCUCAGUCUAAAUUUCUUAUCUAUCUAGAAACCAUUCGAUCUAUCCAGUUUCAAGAAAAAAUCUCAAUCUAUUUACUUUAUCCUUCUAAAAUCUAUUUAUUUUUAUCUAUAUAUCUGUCUAUCCAUCUUUCGAUAUCUAUCUAUCUCAUCUGUAAAAAUAUUAUCUAUCUAUCUAUCUAUCUAUCUAUCUAUCUAUCUAUCUAUCUAUCUAAUCUAUCUCAGACUGUUCUAUCUAUCUAUCUAUCUAUCUAUCUAUCUAUCUCAUAUGUUCAUUCUAUCUUAUUUUGCAAAAUCCUAUCUAUCUAUCUAUCUAUCUAUCUAUCUAAAUCUGAAAUUAAAUAUCUAUCUAUCUCAAUCUCUUCGAAUCUAUCUCCAUCUCUUCAUUAUCUAAAAUCUAUCUAUCUAAAAAUCUAUAAAAAAUCUAUUAUCUAUAUAUCUAAUCAUUCUGUUCAUUAUUAUUUAUCUAUCUUUCUCUUCAUAUCUAUCUCAGUCUCUUCAAAUCUAGAACAAAAUCUAUCUAAUAUAAAUUAUCUAAAUUCUCUAUUGAUAUCUAUCUAUCUAUCUAUCCAAAUAUCUAUCUAUGAACUAUCUAUCUAUCUAUGUAUUGUAACCUAG